ACCGUCCCGGCUUCCUCCUGCGCCUCCUUCUUCAAACUCUCAGAUAUACAGAGCCCAAUUUUUUUUCCUGCAGCUACCAGCCCCGGCCAUGGCGAAGCCUCACGUGUCUAUGGAGGUCGGGAGCGACGGCGUGGCGGUGAUCGCCAUCUUCAAUCCUCCAGUUAACGCUUUAGCUAUUCCAAUAAUCAACGGAUUGAAGGAGAAGUUCGAAGAGGCUACCCGGAGAAACGACGUCAAGGCUAUCGUACUGACUGGCAAGGGUGGCAGGUUUUCUGGCGGUUUUGACAUCAAUGUGUUCCAGAAGGUUCAUGCGACUGGGGAUGUUUCAGUCAUGCCUGAUGUUUCUGUUGAUCUCGUGGUAAACACCAUUGAAGAUUGCAAGAAACCUGUUGUUGCUGCUGUGGAAGGAUUGGCGUUGGGAGGAGGCUUAGAACUAGCACUGGGAUCUCAUGCACGUGUUGCUGCACCGAGAACUCAACUUGGCUUGCCAGAAUUGACACUUGGCGUGAUUCCUGGUUUUGGAGGUACACAACGACUUCCAAGGCUUGUAGGGCUGCCAAAGGCCAUUGAAAUGAUGCUACUGUCCAAGCCAAUCCUUUCUGAAGAAGGACAGAAGCUUGGUCUUAUUGAUGCUCUUGUCUCCUCUGAAGAGUUGCUGAAUGUAUCACGACAAUGGGCUCUAGAUAUUGCUGAAAGGCGCAAACCAUGGGUUCGUUCCCUUCAUAAGACUGACAAGAUUGGUUCCCUCUCUGAGGCCCGUCAAGUACUGAAAGCUGCUAGGCUACAAGCCAAGAAGACCGCCCCAAAUAUGCCUCAGCAUUUGGGAUGUCUUGAUGUUAUUGAGGAUGGCAUUAUUCAUGGAGGCUACAAUGGGGUUCUGAAGGAGGCAAGAGUGUUCAAGGAAUUGGUAUUAUCAGAGACUUCGAGGGGUCUAGUUCAUGUAUUCUUUGGCCAGCGCGCUAUAUCAAAGGUGCCUGGUGUCACUGAUGUUGGCCUUAAACCUAGGCAGAUAAAGAAAGUGGCUGUUAUUGGUGGCGGGCUAAUGGGUUCUGGAAUAGCUACUGCUCUCAUUACAAGCAACAUAUAUGUUGUUCUUAAAGAAGUCAACUCUGAUUAUCUUCUCAAAGGGACAAAAACUAUAGAAGGAAAUAUUCGGAACUUGGAAACAAGAGGAAAGUUGACAAAGGAUAAGGCCAACAAAGCUCUCUCAAUGCUCAAAGGUGCUUUAGACUAUUCAGACUUCAAUGAUGUGGACAUGGUCAUCGAGGCAGUUAUUGAGAAUAUUCCCUUGAAACAAAAGAUAUUUGGAGAACUUGAAAAGGUUUGUCCUGGUCAUUGCAUUUUGGCAACAAACACAUCCACCAUCGACCUAAAUGUGAUCGGAGAAAAGACUAACUCACAGGACCGAAUCAUUGGAGCACACUUUUUCAGCCCUGCUCAUAUAAUGCCUCUCCUGGAGAUAGUGAGGACGAACAAAACCUCUGCACAAGCAAUUCUUGAUCUCAUGAUAGUUGGGAAAGCUAUCAAGAAAGCUCCUGUCGUCGUGGGCAACUGCACUGGUUUCGCAGUCAAUCGGACUUUUUUCCCCUACUCACAGAGUGCACAUAUAUUAAUCCAUCUAGGUGUUGACGUCUUCAGAAUCGACAGGGUCAUCAGCAGCUUCGGCCUCCCUAUGGGCCCUUUCCAGCUCCAGGAUUUAGCUGGAUAUGGAGUUGCUGUGGCAGUGAGCAAAGAAUUUAAUAGUGCAUUCCCUGAUCGCACAUUUAAGACACCCCUGAUUGAUCUGCUGAUUAAGAAUGGACGAAAUGGCAAGAACAACGGAAGAGGAUACUACGUCUAUGAGAAGGGAAGUAAGCCAAAACCUGAUUUUUCAGUUCUACCCAUCAUUGAGGAGUCUAGACGUGUUGCCAAUAUGAUGCCCAAUGGAAAGCCAAUCAAUGUUACUGAUCAAGACAUCCUAGAGAUGAUCCUGUUCCCAGUGGUGAAUGAGGCAUGUCGUGUACUCGACGAGGAUGUGGUGGUUCGAGCAUCAGACCUCGAUAUAGCAUCUGUGCUUGGGAUGAGCUUCCCAUCUUAUCGUGGUGGGAUCGUCUUUUGGGCGGACCUGGUUGGGGCGAAGCAUGUAUAUGAUAGGCUAUCGAGGUGGUCGGAGUUGUAUGGUGGGUUCUUCAAGCCAUCGAGCUACUUGGAAGUGCGAGCGGCAAGGGGAAUUCCAUUGAGCGCUCCUGCAUCAUCUCUCACUUCCUCGCCGAAGUCUCGCCUGUAGACGACAACAACAACAACUCCACACGUUGCAGCCAUCGUCAAGUCAAACGCAAUAAAAUGUUGGGAAAUGUAUUUGAGAUCCUCGUACCCAACAAGGAAGGAUAGAUACGGUUUAGAAACCUUUGAGACUUUGAUAGCUAAAAAUGGGCAAUGACUUGAGGUGCUAUCAUCAUUUUAUCGAUCGAUGUCUUGGUCAUUGUAGAAGAUAGAUUUGGCGGAACCAGGCUAGUUGCCAGGCUGUCCUAACCCAAAGAAAUAAGUGCAAGUAUAGCCGGAUUGAACUAGUUUUGCAUAUUCAGAUGUCGUAUCAAUUUAUGGAACUAAUGUAACGAAUUUUGUUGCAUUCAUCCUCUCUGCAACGCGGUUGGACCGGAAGUUGUGCGAUGCACAAGUUUUUGUCGACUGAUGCAACACAGCAAAACUAACAAUCCAGAACAGCUGUGCGAACGGAGUAUAAAACCAUGGGGGAGACGUUGCUACUGCUGCAAAACAGAGGAUUUGGCAGCGGCAGGAGGAUAUGACUUGAAUCUCGACGACAUCGGUGUUCUAAAGAACCCAAUCCAUAAAGCGCAGGCACGCAA